AUGCUCGUCUUGGUCAUUGGUGAGCUACAUCAGCUCAGGGUACACUGCUCGCGCAUAAGCUCAACCUCUUGAAUGCCAUAUUUUCUUGCAGGCGACUUGCACCUCCCGCACAGAGCGCACGACCUGCCUAGCAAGUUCAGAAAGCUCUUGGUGCCGGGAAAGAUACAGCAGAUCAUCUGCACUGGGAAUGUCUGCGAUAAGGACACGUACGAUUACUUGAGGACGCUGGCAGCAGAUGUGCACGUUGUCAAGGGUGACUGGGACGAGGUGAGUCGUCCAUUUAGUGCACUGCAAACGCAUUUAGUGCACUGCAAACGGCGACCAAGAGCGGUGUCACUUCGAAGCCAACAUGGAAGAUCGUUACACGAGAGCUGGCUCACCACAGACUCCCGUGGUCGUUCCUACUCGCAGAAUCCACACUUUCCCACCUCACUUCUGCUGCACCAUCCACCGCUCCGCAUCGGCGUGCUGCACGGACACCAAGUCGUACCUGCUGGAGAUGCGGAUGCCCUUGCCGACGUAGCUCGGGCGAUGGAUGCUGACAUUCUGCUAUCAGGCCACACGCAUCGUUUCGAAGCUUUUGAGACAGAAGGCAGAUUCUUCAUCAACCCCGGCAGCGCUACUGGUGCAUGGAGCGCCGUCUGGCCACUGACGAAGGAGGAGCCUGAGAAGGCCCGCGAAGCUUCCGAGGCAGAGCAAGGGAAGAAAGCAGAUGACAACGAGGAGGAGGCAACUAAGAAGUCCCCUGAGGGUGAUGCGGCACAGCAGACGAAGACUGAAGUCGCACAGGAGACGAAGAAGGACGAGGCGGACAGGAAACCCACACCAGAGGAUGUGAAAGAGGACGGGUCAGAGACAAGGGCAGAGGCAAAGUCGGGGGAUGACGAAGAUGACGACGAAGAGAAGAAGGAGCCUCCUGUAGAGCCAAUUGCGGCGCCAGAUCCUACGCCAAGCUUCGCUCGUGAGUCGAAUCGCUUCGCUGACGCUUCAGACGUUUGAACUGACACAAAGACAUCUCCUUCACUUUCAGUUCUGGAUAUACAAGGCGCUGUAGUAGUCACGUACGUCUAUCAGCUUAUAGAUGGAGAGGUCAAGGUGGAGAAGAUUGAGUACCGCAAGGCGAUCAAUAACGGACCAGACGUUCGGUAUUGA